CAAACAAGACGAAAUAUACAACGGGGGAAUAAAUUGUAAAUUUUCGUGUGUCGAAGAGUUUUUUCAUUUUUAAUCUGGGCACAAAAAUUGCCCAUUUUUAAACAGGGCAUAGUUUGCAUACGCAUAUCUGUUGGCAUACGCGAACAAACGUGUGACAGCCACUUGCAAGUGAAAGCUAAUAGAAGUAAGCAACAACAACAAUAACAGCAAUGGGAAACUUUGUAAGCAGGCAAAAUGCAGCUGUUGAGGAGGCGGAUCAGAGUGCCAAUCAUGCCUAUAAGUAUCCACCGCGCAUGGGAAAUUUCUUUGGCAGCCACUUUAUAAUGGGCGGCGAGCGUUUUGACACGCCCCAGCCAGAAUCGUACUUGUUUGGCGAAAAUGCGGAUUUAAAUUUUUUAGGAAAUAGACCGACGGCGUUUCCUUAUCCACCACCACAGGCAAAUGAGCCGACAAAGACACUUAAAAGUUUGGUCAACAUACGCAAAGAAUCGGUGCGUUUUGUGCGCGUGCCCAGUGACAAAAAAUCGUCCAACAGCACUGGACAGGAUUCCUCCGUGGGUCAAAGCAUCGAGGAGGUCGAUGGCAAUGUGCUGUGCAGCUUGGGCGGCGGGGAUGCUGACAGCGUGCCCCCUCCUUGCUCUUAUAACAUUGAGUUUACCUUCGAUUCGGACGCCAAGUGCGCCAUCACAAUUUAUUACUUUUGCACUGAGGAUGUCAGUCCUAGUGGUGUGACUUUGGUGCCACGCGACGGCUUAACGUCGGAAACCUACCACUAUGAGAAAGGCAUCAAUCAGUUCUUCUCACAGCCGUCUCAUGUCUUCAAUCCCCAAUUAAUACCAGAGGAUGAUUUCAUCUAUACGGCUUGCAAGGAACAGUAUCCAGUGGCCAUACACUGUGUGGUGGAGGAGGGCAAUGAGGAGUGUCGGCAAUCGCAUACAACUAUUUGCGUUAUUGAUCAUCAUCCGGAGACUAACAGUUACGUUCUGCGCGCCCUCAAGCAGAAAAUAUUUGUCGAUGGGCUAUGCUAUCUACUUCAAGAGAUCUAUGGCAUUGAGAACAAGGCGGUAAACAAGUCCUCUAUAGAUGAGGAAAUCGAUGAUCAUGGCAGUGAGUGCGUCAUCUGUAUGAGCGAGACACGCGAUACGCUCAUCUUGCCCUGCCGUCAUCUUUGUUUGUGCAAUUCAUGCGCCGAUUCGUUGCGCUAUCAGGCCAACAAUUGUCCGAUUUGUCGCGCACCUUUCCGCGCCCUUCUGCAAAUACGUGCUGUACAGAAGGGCAUCAGCACCCAUGUGCUUCACCAGAAUACACCUACUUCAGGAGCAGGUGAGCCGGCACCCGUCGAUGUGCCUCCAGGUUAUGUGCCUGUCUCGCUAAUUGAGGCACUCAAUGGACCUCCUCAAUACGUGGGACGUGCCAGAAACAGCGACCAUGACAUUACAGAUGGCGGUACGGUGGCCGCUUCAACCAUGACCGGCGACAAUAAGGCCACAUCGCCCCUGAAGCCGAGCAGCCAACGCCGCCCGAAGAUCAAGAAGAAUGCCUCCACCUGCACGUCAACUAACGAGGUGGGCACCCUAACCAACAACAAUGCGGGCAACACCACGGCCAGCGGCAAUGGUAACUCCACACUGUCCGUUGUCGAAAUUGAGAGCGAUCCGAAAAAGUCAACGACUACAACGGCUACAUCGCCCACAUUAAGCGGCUCCCCAGUGAAGGGAGGAAGUGUUCAGGACAAACUACAGAUUGUCAAUGAACGCCACAGCGUGCUCAAAUAUCAGAAACGUGGAGAGAACACUACCGCCACGACCCAGGACGAUGAUGACGAGGAUAGUGAAAAUGAGAAACUAUCGCCGUUGCUUUCGCCGGGCAGCAAAUCGAAAACAACGUCAAGCAAAUCUCUUAAGCAAGUGGUGGUCGCAUUGGGUGGCGGUGGCGAUGAUGUGGCAGAACUACACGACCAUGAGACUGUCGAUACGACGCAUGAGAUGAGCGGCCGCAAGAGCGCGUCAUUGAAGCGGACCACCAAACAACGACCCGAAUUGUCGGGCACUAGUGGUGCUGCAAGUGCCGAGCCUGGUUCGUUGGCAGCUAAUUUAAAUGCCGAGGAUUCGGACUAUUAUACGCCAGAGGAUACACAGAAUUCCAUACUGAGUCCACUCUGUCCCGCAGAGCGUGCUAAAAGUGGCGACCCCUUGUGCAGUGGUGCUCGCAGUGGUACAUUAAACACCAGCGGUGGCGCCGGUAGCGUUGUCGUGGGUUUCAGUAAUGCAGCUAGCAAUUUGGUGAAGAAGAACUUACACAAAAAGUCCACAUCGGUGGGCAAUAUUGUGGGACCGGGCGGUGGCAACAGCGCCAGCACAGAUCUUAAAUGCAACAAUGUGAGCUCAUUGCCAGAUAUGCUGGACAGUCCAAUUAGCGGAAAUUCCGCAUCCACGCGAAGCUCCAGCGACAGUUACUCGUCCAGUUCAUCGACAAAGCAGCUUCUCAGCUCGAAUCCAACAACAACUGCUGCCAAUAUUAUUGUGGAUGAUAAGACGGCUCUGCAAAAUGCGGUCAAUGUGUGAGGUGGUCGGACGCUGGACCAAUAGCGCAGUCGAACAAAUCAGUUGAAAAUGGUAUAAAUAAUCGAUGUAUUAAAUUGUAGUGCUUAAUUUUAGUUAAAUCAAUGCUGCUUCCCCGCCCGCCCUCUGCCCUUCGAGCUACGAAACUAAUGCGGAGAUACACUUAAAAUAAUUCAGCCAGCCACUAAUAUUGAAACGUUAAGGAUUUACAUUCCACAGACAAACACACUGGUUGCGGUGUCAGUCGUCAUGCGUUCAGGUAGCCUGGAUGUUAUUAAUUUAAUAGUCGAGUUGAAACUUUAGUUAUUUUGAAAAUAUGAAAGUUUCUUUAAUAAACGUACGAUAUUAGAAUGUUAA